AAUUUGACUUCCGUCGUCUUUUUCCUCUUAGCUCUUAAAGUUGUUUUUUUUUUUAUGUUCAUACGAUUACAAGUUCAGAUUCUCAGUUAUUUUCCAAAAUUUUUAAUAGUUCUAUUCAAAAGCUGGUUAAAUAAAUUGAACCUUAUUGCAAGGAAUCAACCAUGUCGCACGCUCCGGCUGUGCAGCAACAAUGCCGCUUGUGUCUUCACUAUAGCGAAACUGCUGACGGUUCGGAGUUACUGAUGGACAUUUUCACCCCGGAUGAGUUGUCGGGAACUCCGAUGAUCGAUAAGAUUCGUGAUUGUUUAGGUAUAUUCAUUGCGCCGUCCGACUGUGCGGUGCGGUUUGUAUGUUGCAAUUGCGCCCGAACGGUAGAACUAAUAGACGAGUUCCGAAUUCUCUGCCAUCAGACGGCAGAAGUGUACGACUCAAUCCGAAUCAAACGCUCUACGAGGGAUGCUGAUAGUCGGGAACAGUUUUGCACUGCUGUUAGCACACUUCGAACGUUUGUUCGUAAACUGCAAGGUGCGGUCAAUGAUGCUUUGUGCAAGACUAAGGCCGAAAAGAAUGACGUUGAGGAACUCAAGGCUGAGAAUAUAAAGAAUGAAACGGCAACCGAUGACGAGCUGGCACGUACCAGCUCGGAACCGAUGAUUGAUUUUGUGGUAGUCAAAGUUGAAGCACUGGAGCCAGCAGAAUCAUCGACUGAAUUUGUCACCGAAGGCAACGAUAGUGACCGUUUAGCAAUAGCUUCAAAAAUAGAUAUUGCACAGGAAGUGAAGCAACGCCCGGAACUGUGGGAUAUUUCCUUUAUCAGUUCGGUUCAAACAAUUAACGAAAGCUGGACCGAGCUGGCACGUAAAUUUGGACUAGAUGUAGCGACGCUUAAGCGCCAUUGGCGUCGCAUUCGAGAUGGCUACCGUGAGCUGCAAAAACGCGAAUCUCUUGGUGAUAAUCUGUUUCUUGAUGAUUCGUCUAUGGCAGAACUGUUUUCACUGUGCAAACACAUGUUCGAUAGUGUACCCAAACAAAUGUCCACAAGCGAACGGUUCAGGAUAGAGGAAAAUGCGAGCGAGGCAGUUUCUGCGGAGGAACACCAAAAGAUGGCUCACUUGCGGGUAAUUUACAAGCAUCCAGUUUUGUGGAACAUCAAGCAUAUAGACUAUUACCGUCGAGAGUCACGUGAGAAUGCUUGGGAUCUAGUUAGUAAAGAACUGAAUGUUUCCUCUAAGGAUGCCGAACGCAACUGGACAAAUAUGAGGGACAUGUAUAAACACCGGGUUAGACGUUUAGUAAGAGGAAAAAUAUCCAAGGAGAAUUUCCGUUUUGAUCGGCCUCUGUACAAAAUGUUAGACGAAAUGCUAACACCGAAAGAACCCACCCUCAAUGCUGGUCACAGUGAGCAGGAUGCAACGACGAGUGCUUCCUUUAAAGUUUUCGAGAACGAUAGACGAUUGAAGUUUGCCCAGAUCUGCUAUGGAUACGAAAUCGUGUGGAAUACUCAGCAUCCGGAUCACAACGUUAGCGCGAAAAAGGAUAAAGCCUGGGAUGAAAUAGCAGUACAGAUGGAGGUAACACAGGCCGAAGCACGAUACCAGUGGAGUCGCCUGCGAGGAGUUUAUCGGGGACGUCGUUUACGGCUAAUGGAUGGUUCGAUUGCCAUGGACGAUCCUAUUUUGAAUGAUCCUCUGUACAAACUGUUGGAAGAUAUGCUAGGUGAGAGCAUGCAAAUCGGUAAGAACAGUGGAGCUUUAUUGUCGGCCCAACAACACUCUGGUGGACCCUUUCAAAGCAUAGAACAGCAAAUUGAAUUGCUUGAAGAAAUUGCCAAACAUGAGAUCCUUUGGAAUCCAAAUCAUCCCGACCACUUUAGGGCGAAAAGGCAUGCAAAUGCCUGGAAAGAAACUGCCGUGAAAUUUAAUGUAAAUCCACUCGCAGUGAAAACAGAAUGGAGACGUUUGAAAGACGUGUACGCCUUCCGGGAAGAUCAACCGCAGAACGCGGACACUAAACGACUGCUAGUACUUUUACAAAGAUUAUUGCCACCCUCGGAGAAACCCCCCGUGAGAAUAAAACGAAGACCUAACGGCAGCAAGCGGAGGAAGCCAAAAGAUGGUCAACCGAAGCGCCGAUUUCAUGGCAAGAAAACCUACGAUAGUGAAGGAAGCGUCAAAAUGGAACUUAACGGUACCAUACGGCAUUUCAAAAUCUGUGAGCUGUGUGGCAAGUCGGUAGAGCGGUCCGCGUUCGAGUAUCACAUGAAUCAGCACAAUGGCGUUCGACCGUACGCGUGCUCAUUUGAGGGCUGUGACAAACGGUACAGUAGCAAGAUCAUUCGCGAUCGCCACGAGGUGAUGCUGCACGGGGACGAUGGCUUCAAAUUUGAAUGUGAUCAGUGCGGGGCAAAGUUCAAACAGAGGGCCAAGUUCGAGUUCCACUAUGCCGUCAAGCACAAGAGUGAAGAAGUUCCGUGUAAUAUUUGUGGGAAAUUACUGAAACAUCGGCAUCUGAUGCGAAAACAUAUGGAAUUGCACACGAGCAGUUUCCCGUGCAAAGUGUGCGGCAAAGUGCUGCAGAAGAAAUGGUCAUUGAAUGUGCACAUGCGAGUUCAUACCCAGGAAAAGCCGUAUCCAUGUGAACUGUGCGAGCUACGCUUCAUGUUGAAGGUGCAAAUGAAAACGCAUUUGCUCAAAGUGCACGGAGUUCUAUUGGAAGAUAUUGAAGCAGCUAAGGCUAAUCUUGCAGGCACAGUUUAGGGCGGUAAAACGAACUUGAUUGGUGAUACGAGUUACUGGCGAAACAAAUUUAAAAACAAUUCCAUAGACAUAAGUAUGUUUCGAAUAAACGAUUUGUUUUCAGA